AUGUGGUUUCUAAUAUUCUGUAUUUUUUAUAAAGGAACCAUCGUUUUUACCGAACAGGUUAAUCCAAUUUUGGAGCUAGAAGAUGGGAAAUUGGAAGGCGUUUUGCUAACUACUGAUACUGGAACUAAUUAUUAUGCUUUUAGAGAAAUACCAUAUGCAAAACCUCCAAUAGGUGACUUAAGAUUUACAGAGCCAGUACCGUCUGAAAAAUGGUCCGGAAUAAGAGAUGCAACUAAAAAUACAAAAAUAUGUAUGCAGAAGGUAUUAUUCGACAUACCUGCUUCAGAUCCAAGAGAAAAUGAAGAUUGUUUAUACAUAAAUGUAUUUACACCACAAGUAAACGCAAAGUACACCGAAUUAUUACCUAUUUAUGUGUAUUUCCAAGGCGGUAUGAAUGUAGCUGGAGAUCUAACAGAAUAUAAUUUUCAAGGAUUCAUCGAUAGAAAUAUUAUUGCCGUAUCAAUGGGUUUUAGGCAAUCGAGUUUGGGAUUCCUGUCGACUGACGAUGGCGUAAUCCCGGCAAACUUGUAUUUAAAAGACCAAAUACUAGGUUUGAAGUGGGUUCAGAAAAAUAUAAAAAAAUUCGGAGGUGAUCCCGAAAAAGUCACAAUUGGUGGUCAUAGUUCUGGUGCAAACGCCGUUGGAGUACUUAUCUUGAGUCCGAAGUCUUCAGGUCUAUUUCGAGCGGCCAUAAUGCAAAGUGGUACACCACUGAUGAGAGGUCGCAUGUUAAACGCUACUGAAGCAGCUUACAGCUUUGCGGAAACGUUCGAACCUAAAGCACGAUCUAUGAACACCCAACAAUUACUAAAUUAUUUGAGAACACUUCCUGCGGAGAAAAUUGCAAGAUCCGAUUUUAAAAAAAGACCAGAUUUUGUAAAGGCGAUAUUUUUCGGUGCCAUAAAAGAACCUUGGGGUUACGCUGUUGAGAAUGCAACUUUCAAAAAUGCCGCUAUUGUAGGACCGUUACAUGAAAAUUUCGAAAACGGAAAUUUCAAUCAUGUUCCCAUUUUGAUUGGUAUCACCAAUGAAGAAUUAGCUGAUUACAUGUAUGUGUAUUUUGCAAAAGAUAUUGAUUCACGUUUAGAUCUAUUAGAUGUAGGAAUAAAUAUUAAACCUAAGAAUCGUCGAAAAGCAAAUUUGGAAUUGAAGGAUAUGUAUACAACAACUGAGAAACUCGCCGAUAAUGCUACUGCCAUACUCCAGAUGGCCGCUGAUGUUGAAUUUACUAUACCGAUUAUUCAGACUGCUUACUUAGCAUCGAAAUUUUCCGAUGUCUAUCUGUAUCAGUUUUCUUACAAAGGUCCCUUAAAUGGUUUAGAAACCUGGAGGAAUAAUCCGGUGGCUAACUUAACAGGUAUUGGAAAUGCGGAUCAUUGUUCAGAAUUGCCGCUCUUAUAUUACUACAGGUUAAAUCCAAAAGUGACGCCUACAGAUGAAGAUUUGUUGAUGAGACGAAAAAUGAUUAAUUUAUGGGCUAAUUUCAUUAAAUACACAAAUCCAACUCCAGUGAAAGAUCCGUUAUUUGACGAAAUUAUUUGGCCAAAAACUGCAAAAACCGAUUUGAAAUACGUCGAUAUAUCUCUACAGAUGGAAAUAAGAUGCCGUCCAAGAAGAUUCUUUGAAUGGAAAGAAAAAAUUUUUAAAUAUUUCGAAUAUCCCAAAUACAUUUAUUAA